AUGGAGGCCCUGACGGCAGCGAGCAUGGCGGCCCUGACGGUGUACGACAUGUGCAAGGCAGUCGACAAGGGUAUGGUCAUUUCUGACCUGAGGGUCGUGCUGAAGGACGGAGGAAAGAGUGGGCGCUGGGAGAUGCCGUAG